AUGCUCAAGGUAGGGACCAACGCGCAAAGCCACUACAUUGACCGCCAGUCACAAGACCUUUGCGCUUACUCGAUACAAGAUUUUGUCUUCCACAUCUAUGCCCACAAAUUAGGCGUCUGCGGCGUCGCCAUCUCCGAUGCCCAGUACCCUUCACUUGCUGCCCACAAACUUCUCGGCAACGUCGUCAACGAGUUUCUCGCAAAGUUCCCCUCUAGCUCAUGGAAGGACCUCACUGCGUCCAGCCCUCGGGCAGAGGUCAAGAAUCAGCUCGCUCAGUACCAGAAGGAGCUCCAGCAACAGCUCGCGCAAUACCAGGAUCCUGCGCAGAUAGAUACAAUCGGACAGAUUCAGAGGGAGCUGGACGACACCAAACAGGUCCUGCACCAAACCAUCGAAAUACGUGUCAUCCUGCGCUGCGCAUGA